AUGUUUAAGAUAAUAACUUUACUUUCUCUGAUUCUUCAAGUUGCAUACAUCAUUCCACAGAACUGUUCUCCCGUGAUUUAUACGAUCAUUGCAACAGGUGGUCUGUCUUUAUCUCCAGAUGAAACCAUAUCAAAUCAUACCAUUAAACGUGGGAUUGUCUCGUUAGAAUGUCACGAGCACUGUCAGAAAGAACCAGGUUGUGUUGGAUUCAACUACAGAGACAAGAUGAAUGUUGUGAACUGCCAACUGACCAAUAUCACUGAAAAGACAAAUCACACCUCAAUGACGGAAGAAAGAGAAUGGAUACUAAUGCGCGAUGAUGAAGCGGUAAAGAAAAGAAAUGACAUUUUAAACUCAGCCACUAGCUGUGCACACCUGUAUAACAAAGGAGUGAGGAAAGAUGGUGUUUAUACAAUCGAUCCUGACGGCCUGGGAUCGUUCCAAGUCAGUUGUGAUAUGAACACAAACGGGAAUGGCUGGACCGUGUUUCAAAGAAGACAAGAUGGAAGUCAAGAUUUCCUCCUUGGAUGGCCAGAGUACAAAAAAGGCUUUGGUAAUUUGAGCGGCGAAUUCUGGCUGGGCCUUGAUAAAAUACAUCGUUUGUCCAAAUCUGGUCAAGACGCGGUUUUAAGAAUUGAUUUGAUGGAUUUCAAUAGCACUGGGCGUUACGCUAAAUAUGGAAAGUUUACUGUGGCUGAUAAAUCAGACAAAUACAGAUUGAAUAUUGGCAAUUACUCAGGUGACGCAGGUGAUUCUCUUGCUUAUCACAAUAAAAUGCAGUUCACUACCAAGGAUAGCGACAAUGAUCCUCGAAGUAAUGGAAAUUGUGCUAUUACCUUCAGAGGAGCUUGGUGGUACAACGACUGUCAUCGUUCAAACCUCAAUGGCGUGUACCUUCAUGGUGCAGGUGGUCUGUCUUUAUCUCCAGAUGAAAUCAUAUCGAAUCAUACCAUUAAACAUGGAAUUGUCCCGAUAGAAUGUUACGAGCUCUGCCAGAAAGAACCGGGGUGUGUUGGAUAUAACUACAGAGACAAGAUCAAUGUUGUGAAUUGCCAAUUGACCAACAUCAUUGAAAAGAGAGAACAAACUUCAAUGAAGGGAGAAGGAGAAUGGAUACUAAUGCUCGAUAAUAAACUGGAAAAGAGAAGAAAUGACAUUUUAAACUCAGCCAUCGGCUGUGCCUAUCUGUAUAACAAAGGGGUGAGAAAAGAUGGUGUUUAUAAGAUAAAUCCUGAUGGCCUGGGAUCGUUCAAAGUCAGAUGUGAUAUGAGCACAGAUGGGGGUGGUUGGACCGUGUUCCAAAGAAGACAAGAUGGAAGUCAAGAUUUCUACCUUGGAUGGUCAGACUAUAAAGUUGGCUUUGGUGAUCUUUCAGGCGAGUUCUGGUUGGGCCUUGAUAAAAUACAUCGUUUGUUCAAGUCUGACCAAAAUGUUCUAAGAGUUGAUUUGAUGGAUUUCAAUGGCACUGAACGUUACGCUAAAUAUGAAACGUUUAGUGUUGCUGAUGAGUCAGACAAAUUCAGAUUGAAUAUUGGCAAUUUUUCAGGUGACGCAGGAGAUUCCCUUUAUUAUCACAAUCAAAUGCAAUUCACUACGAACGAUAGCGACAAUGAUGCUCGAAGUGAUGAGAAUUGUGCUACCGGAUUCAAAGGUGCUUGGUGGUACAACAACUGUUAUAAUUCUAACCUCAAUGGCCUGUACCUGGGUGCAGGUCAGUAUGAUGCAACCGGAAUAACGUGGUUGAUGUGGCGGGGCCAUUAUUCAUUGAAGAAGACGGAGAUGAAAAUUCGUCCAAACUACUUCAGCUUAACAUGA